CCCGCCGGCGCCGCGGGGAUGUUGUCAUCCGGGUCUUUGGGGGAACCGUUGGGCGAUGGCGACCGUGGCGGAGCUGAAAGCAGUUUUGAAGGACACACUGGAAAAAAGAGGUGCACUUGGGCAAAUAAAAGCAAGGAUCAGAGCUGAAGUUUUUAAUGCACUGGAUGACCAAAGUGAACCACGGCCAUCACUGACCCGUGAAAAUCUGUUAAUCAAUGAACUCAUUCGUGAAUACUUGGAAUAUAACAAAUAUAAGUAUGCAGCAUCUGUUUUAACUGCAGAAUCUGGCCAACCUGAAGUGCCCUUGGAUAGACAGUUUCUUGUCAAAGAGCUGAAUAUAGUUGAAGAUUCAAAUAGCAAAUCAAUCAGACCUCUCUUGUAUGGAAUCAUAGCUCAUUUCUUACAUGGUGGUGAAGAAGAAAGUACCCCAAGUACUCUUCCAAAAGUGUCUUUGCUGAACUAUCCAAGGCAGAAUCCUGGCAAACCAUCUACUGAGAGAAAUCAAAAAGAUGGAAUUCCAGAACCAGGAAGGAUGGCUGGCACUAGCAUUGAAGAGCCCCUUGUUUUACCCAAUAUAAACAGAUGAUGUCUUUCAUAUGUUAAUUUUUCAUAUAAAGUUCUUUGGGAGUUAAUUUAAGAAAUUAUUCUUUACAUAAGUUGUUCCAUCAUGUCCACUGGGACCACUUCAAUUUGUAAAAGCUACCCAUCAGACUUAAAGGUCAUAUUAAUUGCCAGUGAAAACAAUGUUAGCAAAGGAUGUCUUCCGCCAGUGCUGAUAGAAGGAAGACUGUAUAUGAAGUCAAAUCAGUCAAGCCUGUGUCUAGAGUUGGGCCUAAAAAUACUUGGUUUAUUUUGUAAGAAUAAAAAUAUAUCCGAAAAUUUACCAUUCCUGCACUUUCCAUAUGAUGUUCUGUCUUGGAGUACUUUUUCCUUCAGUUUAGAAUAAAAACUUUCUGUUUUAUUCUGUGUGGUAGUUUGAAAGAGUUCAAAACGAGUAUUUUAAUAACUAUUAAAAAAGUGUUGAAGUUGCUGCUACUUCAGAUAGGUAUGGAAAAAUAAAUUUGAAAAAAAAUAGUUUAAAGGAAUAGUUGUUUUUAAUCCUCCAGAAACCAAGACUAUAUUUAUCUUUUUGUGCCAGCAAACAAAUGAAGGCAAGUCUUUUCCAUCUGGAGCUGCUAUAAAUUGUAUGGUGCAAAACUAAGUAUAUGGGGGGGGAUGGGAACUUUUGUUUUUUCCCAAAGGACAUGAAGGUCAAAGUCAGAGGAAAUGAAAAAUAAAGUUGGUAAGAUUACUGAUUCCCAGAA